UUUUCUCGAGAGGGUGACAUAUGAAUUUUGGCGCGCCCUUGUGAGAAUUAAAAAGUCAACACUGGAACAUAAAAGAUCACAGACAACUAAAACUAAACCAAAUCAUCUAAAUCUCAUCGUCUGGGAACGGAAUUGAAGUGGUUUCGGGAAUCUAAAGCAUCAGGGAGUGUCUAGCUUGAAGUUAUAUUACCUCACUCAUCGUCGAACUUAAAAAGAGUAACGUUGAAACAAUGAAUCAGCAACCAAAUCAACAACAACAACAACCCCAACAACAAGGUCAACAGGGCCAAGUUCAGAAUAGAACUAUGAAUAUUCAACCUGCUCAAAUUCAACAGUUGGCCAAACAGUGUAACUACGAAUUCACAGAAGCUAAGAGAUUAGGUUUGAACUCAGAAGCUGGUCAGGAACAUUUGAAAAGAGCUCAAAGAAUUAAACAAGUUUUAGUUAGUUAUCAACAACAACAGAGAAAUGCUUCAUUGCCAAAACAAUCACCAGUCGCUCAAUCACCACAAGUGGCUCCUCAAUCCCAACCUCAAGCUCAAGUUCAACAAAGUCAGUCACAACCAACACAAUCACCUCAAAUAUCACAACAAUCACCUCAAUUAAAUCAAAAUCAAAUAAACCAAAUAAGUUUCAGUCAACAAUCACCCCUUACACAACAACAAACACUCCCACAGCAAGCCAAUGGAGUCAACUCAUCUGGUGCUACAGCUUCACCAAGUCCAAUGCCUCAAGCAAUUGGAACUCCUGCUGCUACUGGUGGUGCAUCUACACCGAAUGCUCAAGCAGCACCGAAGACCGCAUUCCAACAACUUCAAAGAUUAAAACAUGUGCUGAAUGAAUUUCAAAAACAAUUGAAAAAUAUUGAAGAGGCCAAAAAGAAUAAUAUGCUACCUCCAGAAGCCUUAAAUAAAUUACUACAACAGGAACAAGUGCUUAGAGAACGACACAAUAGUUAUAAGAAUGCUGCUUUGAAUAUCUCACAACAACUUCAAAGACAACAACAACAAAUGCAACAACAGCAACAACAAAACUUUCAACAACAGUCCAGAUCACAAAGUGCCAAUCAACUUCCUCAAGAACCAUCAUCAUCUCAGGGACAAAGCCCUGUUGUGAUGAACCAACAAGCACAAUUAAGCCCAGGUAUUCAAAGAAGUACAUCUGCAGCCUCAAUACAAAGACCACAAGGUCAAAUUGUUCCAAAUCAAACAAAUAACUUCCAAUUUCAACAACAACAACAACAAUCACCUCAAGUUACACAACAACAACUUCCUCAACAACAAGCUCAAAGACAAGCUCAAACAGCUGGUAAUCAAAUCCCAAAUCAACAACAAAGGCAAAUACCACCACAACAAAUUCCUCAACAGGGAACUAUUGGAACUCCACAGAAACAGCAACAACAAAUUCAAGGACAAGUUCCAAAUCAAACACAAGCACAACAAGCACAGGCUAGAAGCAACCUUCAAUCACGUACUGGUACACCUCAACCUCAAGUUGGAGCCGUUGCAGGUCGUUCAGCUUCACCUAA